AUGGUGGGUCUGCCGUCAUUUCGCCAGCCCAGUAUUAGUCCGAGCGAUCAAGUGUAUCAGUUCGUCCGUUCGCUGUCCAUUGGAGAGGGAAGCCUUGCCCAGCCCAGCCAGCCUUGCUGGCCGAGGAGUAUUUACAUGUUCAACUCCCCCGGCCUCGUCGUUACUCUCGAUUCUACAACGGAAUACGUCCUGGCAGUCAGUCAGUCGUUCUCGCUCCCGCCAACCCCUCCAGCCGCUGUUGGCUCUCUCCCUUUUACUCGGACUCGUACCUGGAAGGCUUCCCAGUGCUUGUGCUUGUAUUCGAAGAGAUUCGAGUCCACCAUCGCCGAAUCAUCAUCUCUUGAUCGCGGACUGAGUAAAAGUCGCCAGCUUCACCAACGACACCAGCUCAGCUGCAUAUCUCGGAAGCAGUCCCUACGGAGAUUAUUCACAGCUCGAUUGCCCUGGUCGAAUCACUGGCACACCUCGCUGCACAAGGAGGGAAAAAGGUACGCGCUUCACAAUCAUGCAUCAAUCCAAUUCCAAUCAUCCAAAUCCGAAUUCAUCUGUAUCUUGAUUGGACCCACAAAGCACAUCCUGUAUUGCCACCGUCGAACAUGGCAGGCAUCGCAAUGGCAUGGCAUGGGCAAGUGUCCUCCCCUUCAGUCGAUUCCCGUUUCCAGCCGCCUUAGCCAGGUACCACCACCAACUUCGACACUGCCGUCCAACCGAGCCGCACUUUUCAUCCAAGGUUCCUUGGAGCAGGGUAUUUAG